AUUCUUAAACAAGUCGACCCCUAAAACCUUCAACCAAAAUCGAAUAAAGCCAGGUUAACACACAUACACUCGGACCUCAGUAGUCAGUACCUCACACACUUUCUUCUUAGCCGACGAGGUUGAGAACUCUCUGAAGUUUAACAAGCAAAUCUUAUUCAGAAUUUUAGGGUCAUCAAGAAUGCUGUUUAAAUUAGCAAAGUUUGGGGCUUUUUGGCGUUUCCGGACUCGAUUUGACGUGAAGGUGUGUAGAGGUGAUGUUUACACUAGGAAUGGAGUGUGUAGUUUGUUAUGUAGUUCAUUUUCUAGUAUGACUAUGUCUAAGGAUGUAGAUGAGGCAAGUAAUUUAGUUGAGUCGCCUGAACUGCCGAGUUGGGUUAAAUUUUCGGAGAAGGGGGUCUUAAGUUCUAGUCCAGAUGAUGACUUUGUGCUUCCGUCUAUCUCACAUUGGGUUGAUGAAAAUAAAGUUCUUGAUCUAAAAGUUGGAUUGGAAAGUCAAGGGGGAGAUGUUGAUGGAAGUGAUGUUGAUAAGAUAAGUAGGAUUCUGAAAAACCCGUUUGAUUCACCGGAUGAUGUUGUACAAGCUUUGAAUGAUUGUGGUGUUGCUGUAUCAAAUGAUUUGGUUGAUCAAUUGUUAAAGAGAUUUAGCAAGAAUUGGAUAAUGGCUUUUGGGUAUUUCAAAUGGGCUCAAAUGCAGGAAGGGUUUAAGCAUUUUCCACACUCUUAUAAUAUGAUGAUUGAUAUCUUAGGGAAGUCGAAGAAGUUUGAUUUAAUGUGGGAGAUGGUAGAAGAAAUGGAUCAGUUGGGAGGACACGUCACAUUUGACACAUUGACAAAAGUCAUGAGAAGGCUCGCAAAGGCUUGUAAGUAUAGUGAUGUGAUAGAAGCUUUUAGAAACAUGGAUCAGUUUCAAUUGAAGAGGGAUGUUGUUACACUAAAUGUACUGAUUGAUAUAUUAGCUAAGGAGGGGACCGUUGAGCUUGCUCAAGAUAUGUAUAAUGAGUUCAGGAAUCAGAUAACUCCAGAUAGAGUUACUUAUAAUGUAUUAAUACGUGGUUGGUGCAAAGUCGGGAAUAUGGACAAAGCAAGACAGAUUAUGGAAGAGAUGCAGAAAAGUGGGGUUUGUCCUGAUGUGAUUUCGUAUACUCCAUUCAUUAAUGCCUAUUGCCAUGAGAGGAAUUUUCGUAAAGUUGAUGAAAUUCUAGAAGAGAUGCAAGAAAAGAAUUGUCCUCCAAAUGUGGUGACUUACACUAUCGUAAUGCAUGCUCGAGGAAAGGCGAAGGAGAUAGAUGAAGCCUUGGCGAUUUCAGAAACUAUGAAGAAGAAUGGUUGUGUUCCUGAUGCCGCAUUUUGUAGUUCCUUAAUUUACAUUUUAUGUAAAGCUGGUAGGCUAAAAGAUGCUCAGGAUGUUUUCGAGGAUAUGCCAAAUCAAGGACUUAUUCCAGAUGUUUUAACAUAUAAUACAAUGAUCACAAGUGCCUGCCAUCACUUGCAAGAGGAAAAUGCUCUAAAACUACUUCAGAAAAUGGAAGAGAAUCACUGCCCACCUGAUCUGGAAACCUACAUCCCAUUAUUAAAGAUGUGUUGUAGGUUGAAAAGAAUAAAAAUGAUAUAUUUUCUACUGAGCCAUAUGUUGAGAAAUGAUGUCAGUGUUGGUCUUGAUACCUAUGUGGUUUUGAUUCGUGGGUUGUGUCGUAGUGGGAAAUUGGAACAUGCCUGCUUAUUUUUCGAGGAAGCUGUGUUAAGAAAGUUUGUUCCUUGGGAGAAUAUAUACAAGGACCUGGAGAAAAAACUUGAGGAAAGGGGUAUGAGUAAAGCAAAGAAACAAAUUGAGGAACUCAUGUUGUUAGCGAAACAACAAAAAACUUAAUCACACCUCUAAGGGAAUGAACUUUUAGCACUAUGAAGUGAAGUGCUACUUUAUACAAUGCCAGAUUAAAUUACUGCAAUCUUUUGAUGCUAGUUGGAAAUUGUCUUUUUGUGUUCUACCAUCUUAAGAAUAUUCUAAGCAAUUUGAUUCAUAAUAGCCAACCAGUAUCAUAGUAUUCUCUAAUACUGAACUUGGGCUGUUAAUACUAGUAGAAAGUCAGAAUUGAAAAGGCAUCAGCACCUUGCUUUAGUAAGCAUGUUGCUUAAACAACUUAAAUUGGUAACUAUUGUUAUUGUUUUCCUUCUUGUUUAUGUUUUCUGCAUAGGCCAAGUUAAGUUUUCUGGCCAUUAUUUUUAAACAGGUUGAGUUUAGUAACUAUUUCUUUUUGUUUA